AUAAUUAUUGAUUAUAAUGUGUUCAUCACGUUAAUGUUGUAGCUGGUGAAGGUGGAGCUAAUUUUAGUUACUCAGAAUUUCCCCCCAGGAUCAAUACAAUCUUAUCUUAACCUAUAAUAAUAUAUCAUAAUUUAUUUGUUGAUUACAUUUUGUAUUAUUAAUUUGAAUCUGCAAAGUAACUUAAGUUAAUACAUGUAGUGGAGUAAAAAGUACAAUAUUUGCCUUGUAGGAUUAGAAGUAUACAGUAGCAGAAAAUGGAAAUAAAGUACCUCAAAACUUAAGUACAGUACUUGAGUAAACCACCACUGGUAAUUUUCUAGGAAAGAACUUGGUACUAAUUAUAGGAAAAGAAGGAAGAACUUCUUUAUUUAAACCCAAGUAAAUAUUCAUUCAUUUAUCAUUUAUUAUUGAAAGCUUUUUUUCUCCCAAUAUGUUGAAUUGUCUGCUUGCUUAAGACAAAUUUCACAUGUUUGCAUGUUUAGCAUGUAAUCUGACUAAAACACUUUUUAGGGUUACACUAGCAAUUAAUUAGAAAGAAAUAUUGUGAAAUAAUUGAACACUAUCUAUUUUACCUCUAACUAGUACUAAAGUAAAGGCUAUUUUUCUAGAGAACUUCUUAGAAAUUCAUUAGAAAUUAAGGAACCCUGAAAUAAAGAGUUAGUGAGAUACUCCCCAUGUCCUGUUAGAAGUCUGUGUUUGUGCGUGUGUACUGUACAUGUGUGUGCGUUUAAUAUGUCAGCGGUCUUUAUCAGCGAGUGCCAGCUUGCAGUAACACACACACACUCGGCCUCUCACAGGGACCGUAAGAAACACAGUCCUCUCCUGAAGACACGCAGCACUGAAGUGAUUGGUAACCAUGAAGGGGCUUCUGCUCCCGUGUCUGCUCCUCUUGUUUGGAGGUCAAAGGUCAUCAGCAUGCCCCCACCUUUGCUCCUGCCAUGGCAGUCAGGUGAAUUGCAGCAGCAGGUUUCUCACCUCCUCCUCGCUACCCACCAGUUUCCCUGCUGAGACCACCGAGCUCCGUCUCCACAACAACCUGCUGAGCAGCCUCCCUAAUGGACUCCUAGAUGAUUUGAAAUCCCUCCGCUCUGUCUCCCUUCAUGGUAACCCCUGGAUAUGUGACUGUGGCGUCCUCUACCUGCGAGCCUGGCUGCUGCGUCAGCCUGCCACCCUCACAUCACACCUGGGCGUCAACUGCAGCUUCCCUCCCGGCCUGAGAGGGCGGCUGGUGGUGUAUUUAACCGAAGAGGAGGUCCUAGAGUCCUGCCACUACUGGUACUGUGACCUGGCUUUGGCCUCGCAGGUGUGUCUGUUUGUGUUUGUGGUGGUGCAGGCGUGUGUGCUGGUGGCUCUCCUCGUGUUCCUGAGGAGGUUCGAGAAGCUGUCCAAAGUGGCGAAGAGAACCACAGAGGAGAGCUUCACAGCCAUGGAGGGUCUUAGGGAGAACGAGUACGUGCCUUUAAAGGACUGCAGCUUCUGAGAUGGAGCUGUGAUGUGUGAUUGUUAGAUACAUAAAAAGAAAAAGAGCUGUUCAUCGUUUGCACACUGGAGAGAAAACGUCUCUCACAUGCUUUUUGUGUGUCAGACUGUAAUUCCAAAGUUCCUUUUUAUGCACAAGCAGGUGAAAAAUUAAAGGAAAAACCUGAAUAAAUGGAGAAACAUAAUACAUGCAGAUGCUUCCAUACAGGGCACAAGUGUAAUGGUUUGAUAAGUAUGAAAAUAACGUGAAUCGUAUGCUACAUCACCAACCCAAUUCCAAUUGAACACCAGUAUGGGAGAUUCUGGACAACACUGAAGUUAUUCUGGCAGCUUGUGAUGGCCCAACACGUCACUAAGAUACUUUAUGUUGGUUUUUCCUUGAAUAUGUCACCCGUCUGUGUAUACGUAGACCAUCAUACACCACUGUGUACCACUGUAGAAUAGACUAAAUGAAAAUAAAGAUUAAAAAUAGUCUUUUUAAUCAGAGCCUGACCAAUAUUGGAUUUUUGAGGCUGAUACCAAUGUUGUUAUUUGAGAGUAGAAUUUCCUGUAACAAUAUACAGGAUGAAAUUAAUUUCAUAACACUGACAAUAUUUUAAUAAGGAUCCCCAAGAUAUGUACUGAGCAGGUCAUUUUACAGUUAAGAAAUUAACUUGCCAGUGCUCUCUGGUAGACAAACUGUGUAAACUACUACGAACAAGAUCACUAGCAUUUCUGUAUUGCAAUUCUUUGUUACUUGCUGAUAUAUCUGUGUGAAACUAAUAUCACUUGAUAAUAUUGCAAAUUGGUUGGGCUGUAGUCUGCACAGUCUACUCAUUGCACUUGCUCCCAAUAAACUCUUUUUUAUUGACAUAAUAAUAAUGAUCACAUGAAGAAACAGGUGUGAUUAAAAUUGACUUUGUGUUUUUAUUUUUUACUUUGUAAACGAAAUUCCUGCAUUAUAGAUGAAAUUAAAAAAUAAAUUUAAUGGAAAAAUGA